AUUAGAAUUGAAGAGAUGCAAAAAGGGAUAAUCAAACAAAGAAGAAAUGGAAAAGGUGCAAAAAUGACAGAGGAAGUAACGUUAUCCGAAAGACUGAUGAUACAUCUGAAAUGUCAAAUUGCAACAAGGGCAUGUGGAAGCCUAUCCGGCAUACCGGAUGGCAUUUCCGGACUAGUGGAUGUGCAUGCAAGUGGCAAAGGAAACUUGGUAUCUGAAGGGAAUUCAAAAGUCCGAUUAUGUCAUCCGAAAACUUAUCCAACAUAUUGGAUGACACAUCCAGACUGUCGAAUGUGUUGGCAAACAAGGCAGACGCAUGCCUCAUCUAGAAGCCUAACUGGCAUUCCAUAUAUUGAUCCAGAAAAACUCAAAAACCUUCUAUAA